CCACUGCGAGAGCGAGGCGAAGAGGCUGGGACGGCGCAGGCGCCGGGCCGCCGGACAGAGUUUCCGUUACUUCUAGUGCCUGUGGCGGUUGGUGUUCUGAACCGCUAUAGCGCGAGGGAGCGUGAGGGGAGCGGGGAGUAGAGGGAGUCGCUGGAAGAGGCGGAGGAGAAAAGUAAUGAGCGGCAGAGGGAAACGGGCGGGAUAAGGGGGCUGGAGGUGCACCAAUUUAAAAAAAGAAGGAGGUGGGUGAAAUGUGGACCAGACGUGCGAGGGGGAACCGCAAAGUUUUGAUUUUGUUCAGGACUUUGGUGUGAGGCAGGCGCCCCGCCAAGGCUCCGUCACGUUAUUGCUGCUCGGGAGAAGCUCCUCUGGUGAAGGAAGCCAGAAAGCGGCGCUCGGCUCGUUCCCGUCCCGAAUUCCAAGCGCAUUUGAUCAUCCCCUUCUCUUCCGAGCCUCUACCGAAGUGCCUUCGCUUCCCCUGGACUGCCGCGUUGAGGGCAAGCUAAAUCCGUGAUCAUUCGAGAUCCUUAAAAAAAAAAGUGUCCCCCCCCACACACGAAAACAACCCAGAGUACUCCCACCGUCCAACCAUUUUAAAUGCAACUAGCAUCCAACAAGUUGCUGCUCACACAGAUAUCAACCGAAUGUGGCAAAAUGAUUUGCACCCGAUACUGAUUGAGCGAUAUCCAGGAUCACCUGGCAGUUAUGCUGUGCGUCAGCAUAUCAAGCAUCGUCUUCAAGGACUACAGGCUGGCUGGGUAGUUGAAGAAGACACGUUUCAGAGCCAUACUCCUUACGGAUACCGCACCUUUUCAAACAUCAUCAGCACCCUCAAUCCCCUUGGCAAGCGCCACUUGGUGCUUGCUUGCCAUUACGAUUCAAAAUACUUCCCACCACAGUCGGACGGCAAAGUGUUUGUCGGAGCCACCGACUCAGCGGUGCCCUGUGCUAUGAUGCUAGAAUUGGCACGUUCCUUGGACACGCAGCUUCAUUGUCUGAAGAAGGCUGUCACAAAUGGCAAGUCAGAUCUCUCCCUGCAGCUCAUUUUCUUUGACGGCGAAGAAGCUUUCGUCCGAUGGUCCCCUUCAGAUUCUCUAUAUGGCUCUCGGCACUUGGCCCAAAAAAUGGCAUCGACUCCACACCCUCCAGGCGCCGCACAUACAACUCAGAUUCAGGGCAUUGAUCUUUUUGUGCUACUGGAUUUAAUCGGUGCUCGGAACCCAACAUUCCCCCUUUACUUUCUGAACACAGCCCGGUGGCUGGGGAGACUUGAAGCGAUUGAACAAAACCUCGUUGCUUUGGGUUUGCUAAACAAUUACUCUCCUGAAAGGCCCUAUUUCCGGCCUGACUUACGAAGACAUCCAGUAGAGGAUGACCACGUCCCAUUUUUAAGAAGAGGGGUUCCAAUCCUACACCUGAUCCCAGCUCCUUUCCCUAGAGUGUGGCACACCAUGGAAGACAAUGAAGAAAAUCUUGACAAGCCAACCACUGACAACCUCAACAAGAUUCUACAAGUAUUUGUGCUGGAAUAUCUCAAUCUGUGAUGUAACACUGUUGGCUCCCACACAACUCCUGCUCUGUUUUUAAGGCUACCACUGGUUCCUCUUUAGCUGCUUCCAAAAACAGGCUUUUGGAGACUAUAGGAAUGUAAAAUAGCUUAGUUUUUAAUCUCUGCCCCCUAGAGGAAAAUGGAAAGAAUGGCAAUUCUUUAAGGUUUAUUGGUACACACAACUGUGGGUAAACCAAAUUCUGGCAGUGGGGAAAAUAAACAUUUAUACCAAACUGUGUUCAAGUAGAAGGAAAAACACAACUGUUCAGCUUUCAUUGAAGAAGAAAUAAAUGAAAAGGCUUAGUUUCAUUAUGCUACACAAUGAUAUUCAGUACAGUAUUUCAUGAUUUUAGCUACAGCAACAUUCCAAAAAAUUAAGUGCUAUUUCCUUUAACAUCAAGUGAUAAUAAUUUAGUGCAUACUUGGUAUGCAGUUAAAUGUGAAUAGAAGAUAGGUGAUGAGAGGAAUCCAUCCUUGUAGCUUAUUUCUUCUAAUAUCCUUCUGUCCAGAUGAAUCUCAUGAAGUGGUCCACUGUAUGAGGUUCCAAAGUAAAUGUUCAUUUACUGUGCCAUAACUUGUAGUCUAACUGGCUAAAAUGUGUGUAUCUGAAGAAGUGUGCAUACACACGAAAGCUCAUACCAAGAACUAACUUAGUUGGUCUUUAAGGUGCUACUGGAAGGAAUUUUUUUUUGUUUUGGCUAAAAUGAGCCCCUAAGCCUGGAUUACCAUUUUGUACAAGGUGGGGAGGGGGAUAAGGGUCUCUUUUAAAUCAUAAUGUUACCACACAAUGCCCUGAUUGCGUAGCCCUACGAUCAUUUAUCAGGUGAAGGGUCAUCCCAUCUUACUGUGUUAUCUCUACAGGCAAUUAUUCAACAGUGGAAUUCAAGCUUAGAGGUGAAUCAUAGAUGAAGCAACUGCUUGAUGCCUAACUAAAUUCCACUGAAUAUAUCAAGUCACCCUGACUCUGAAUGUAACACAUUUUCAGGCUGCAUUUUUAGAUCCUUUUAAAAACACACACAAUGCACAUCAGUGGUAGUAUCUUGCAGAUUUCAUUGUACAGUUCAAUCUCAGCACCUUGCUUUAAUUGUACCGGAAUAGUUUUGCCACUACAGCUAAAAAAAAUCAUCCUCUGAUGUGUUUGGUCAAUUCCCAGUUCCUGUCCCUCUUCCCUGUACAUGAACACACAGAACAUUUCCACCACUAAAAUUCACUGCCACCCUCCACUUUGCUUAUUCCCGACCACCUCCCUUCAGAGUUUGGGCCUGUGUGGGAACAUAAUGCUGCAACUGUGAGCUUUGUUGCUAUGGCAGGAUGUCUGCAAAUACAUUUGAGCUCCAAUACCUCAAUUACACAAGCAUGGUCUGUAGAAUUAUAUCCUUCUAAAUAGUUGUAACUAUGGGCUUUAGUAUAUGGUAGUGGUGGGAAUUUAUUGCGUACACGUGUAUCCCUCAAAGGAGAACAAGAUGAGACACUUUAUCCUCACAACAAACUGGUGAGAUAGGUUAAGUCAAAAGAUAAUGACUGGACCAAGGUCACCCAGGGAGCUUUACAGCUGAGUGUUGAGUUUAACUCUAGUCUCACAUGUCACAAUCCAACACCCUAUAACCAUUAUCUUUCAUUAUACCCCAAACUUGGGAAUGCAUUUGUUAGAAAGAAUGUUUGAACCUUCAACCAUGUACCAGGCAUGCAGGAUUAACAGCAUUGUACCGUAUACUAAAGCCCAUAGUUACAACUAUUUAGAAGGAUAUAAUUCUACAGACCAUGCUUGUGUAAUUGAGGUAUUGGAGCUCAAAUGUAUUUGCAGACAUCCUGCCAUAGCAACAAAGCUCACAGUUGCAGCAUUAUGUUCCCACACAGGCUAUUGGUAAAUUUUCCACUUUGGAUAGGUGAUCUAACGUUUACACUACUGAGUUAUUCUGAAAUAAAAGUCCUAAGUCUGAUUUGUAUCUAAUUCUUGAAUAUGUAAUGACCUGGAUGUAGUCUUUAAAAACAGAGCACCAUUCUUUGUGUUUACAUUUGGAUAAGCGAGUGUCUUGUAUAUUGGCACUGUAUAAUAAAAUAAACACUUGUUAAGUCUG